UAUCUUCUCUAAUCAUUCUAUUGCAUGGGAUUUCAAAGUCCGAUAAGGUCCUCCCAAAAGUAUCUUCCGAUAUUUUUCUUUGCCCAUUUCGAGAUUCCGAACCCCUUCUCUCUAAUGGCUGCCGCUACUCUCCCCACAGCUCUAGACCUCCGUUACUCCAUCUCCCACCAGCCGGACCUGAAAAGAUCGAAUCUUUUCCCGUCAUCGUUCAGGCAACGUCCGACCUGGAGAUUCACCGUCUCCUGCAGCGCUUCCUCCCCCAGGUCCCCGCCGAAACCUCCCCAGGACCUCUCGGAACGAGAGCUCGACCGGAAGAACCCGCCCUUGUCCGACCAGCUCAGGCCGCUGUCCACGACCACCCUCCCCACGGCCAGGACGGCGGCCCAGGCCCACGUCUUGAAAUCGAAGCCGAAGUCCACCUGGGUCAACCCGGCGCGACCCAGGCGGUCCGUGCUGAACCCGCAGAGGCAGAAGCGGUCUCACUACGCGCGCAAUCCACAGAUUAGGGAGCUGAGGGCGUUCGCCGAGAAGCUGAAUGACUGUGAGUCCUCCGAAACCGCUUUCUUGGCUGCUCUGCAGGAAGUGCCUAAUCCUCCCACCAGGGACGACGCGCUCUUGAUUUUGAACAGUUUGAGACCGUGGCAAAAAGCCCAUCUUUUCUUGAAUUGGCUCAAAACCCAGAAUUUGUUUCCCAUGGAGACGAUAUUCUACAAUGUCACAAUGAAGUCUUUGAGGUUCGGAAAGCAGUUUGAGCUCAUUGAGGACCUAGCAAAUGAGAUGAUAAGGGAUGAAAUUGAGCUUGACAACAUUACUUACUCGACCAUUAUCACUAGUGCCAAGAGGUGCUUUAAGUUUGAUAAAGCAGUGGAAUGGUUCGAGCGGAUGUAUAAGACCGGGUUGAUGCCGGACGAGGUCACUUACUCGGCUGUUUUAGAUGUUUACGCCAAGUUGGGCAAAGUUGAGGAGGUGCUGAGUUUGUAUGAGAGAGGGAGGGCCACCGGGUGGAUACCCGACCCCAUUACUUUCUCUGUGUUGGGUAAGAUGUUUGGUGAAGCCGGCGACUAUGAUGGUAUUAGGUAUGUGCUGCAAGAAAUGAGGUCUCUUGGAGUGCAACCUAAUUUGGUUGUGUACAAUACAUUGUUGGAGGCAAUGGGCAAGGCCGGGAAACCCGGAUUGGCUCGGAACCUGUUCGAAGAAAUGGUCGAAUCAGGUUUAACGCCAAAUGAGAAGACCUUGACGGCACUCGUAAAGAUUUAUGGAAAGGCAAGAUGGGGGAGAGAUGCACUAGAGUUAUGGGAGCGAAUGAGGUUGAACGGGUGGCCCACUGACUUCAUUUUAUACAACACAUUGUUGAAUAUGUGUGCCGACCUUGGCCUUGUAGAAGAAGCAGAGAGAUUAUUUGAUGAUAUGAAGCAAUCGGGCAACUGUCGGCCGGAUAGCUGGAGCUACACUGCAAUGCUUAACAUAUAUGGUAGCGAUGGAAAUGUAGAGAAGGCAAUGGAGUUGUUAGAGGAAUUAUCCACCUUAGGGAUUCAACUAAAUGUGAUGGGUUGCACUUGUCUGAUUCAGUGCCUAGGCAAGGCUGGGAGAAUUGAUGAUUUGGUUAGAGUAUUCAGUUUGGCGGUCGAAAGAGGGGUUGAACCGGACGAUAGGCUUUGCGGAUGUUUGCUGUCUGUUGUAUCACUGUGCAAAGACAAUGAGGACAUGGAAAAAGUCCUCUGUUGUUUGCAGAAAGCCAAUCCCAAGUUGGUGGCCCUUGUCAAGAUCCUUGGAGGAGAAAGCACUGAUUUUGAUACAAUAAAAGAAGAGUUUAGGGGUGUGAUCAGCAAAACAGCAGUCGAGGCCAGAAGACCCUUCUGUAAUUGCUUGAUUGAUAUUUGCAGAAACAGAAAUCUGUACGAGAAAGCCCAUGAGCUUCUCUAUUUAGGAACUCUAUACGGCUUGUACCCGAGUCUACAUAACAAAACUGCUGAUGAAUGGAGUUUAGAUGUUAGGUCACUCUCUGUUGGUGCUGCUCAAACUGCACUUGAGGAGUGGAUGAAAACUUUGUCGAGAAUUGUGAAACGUGACGAAGCAUUGCCGGAGUUAUUUUUCGCUCAAACAGGUAGCGGAACGCAUAAGUUCUCUCAGGGAUUAGCCAAUGCUUUUGCGUCUCAUGUGGACGAACUCGCUGCACCUUUUAGGCAGUGCGAAGAGAAAGCCGGUUGCUUUGUAGCAACUCGGGAGGAUUUGGUGGCGUGGUUGGAAUCCCGGAACCCAUCAGCUGUUGCGGCAUAAAGUAGUGUGGGUCUUAGACUCACAACCAUGAAAUGCUUGUAAAUGUUAAUACUUAGCUCUUGCAACAGGAUGCUUAACUAUUUCAUAUAUGAGCAAUUCCUCUGCUUUUUGUCCAA